GUUUUUCUCCCUCUCUCUCUAGCUUUCUCUCUCUACAGGGGAAAAAAAAAGAAAAAUUGGAAGAAAAAGGAAAAAAGAGAGAGAUGGAACCAGACGAUACCCCUCACCACCAUCACCAACACCAACACCACCAUCACUCUCUCACUCCAUCUUACUACUCCUCCUCAGCACCGCCCACAGGCAACAAUCCCAACGCCGGCGGCGGCGGCGCAAUCACUCAUUCUCCGACCAAUGGUCUCCUCCCUCCCCCGCCCAGCAGCAGCGGUGGCUCCGACUCGGCCUCCGCUCACCACAUGGUCUAUCCUCACUCCAUAGGCCCCUCCUCAGCCGCAGUGUCCGCGGCUCCGGUCGAUCCGGUCAGGAGGAAGAGGGGUAGGCCGAGGAAGUACGUGACUCCGGAGCAAGCUUUGGCGGCCAAGAGGACGGCGGCGGCUUCUUCUGCUGCUAGGGAGAAGAGGGAGAGCGGCGGCGGCGGUUCUGCUUCUUAUCCUGGCUUCUCCAAGAAGUCCUACCACCACUUGGGUACUCCCGGUAACACCGGAUUGGGUUUUACUCCCCAUAUUAUUUCUGUAGCUGCUGGCGAGGAUGUUGCCCUCAAAAUUAACAUGUUCAUGCAACAAAGUAAGAGUGAGACAUGCAUUUUGUCUGCAUCUGGUGUAAUCUCAAGUGCAUCGAUUCGCCAGCCAGCAACAUCAGGAGGCAACAUCACUUAUCAGGGUCGGUUCGACAUCAUUUCACUGGGUGGAUCUUAUAUAAGGUCCGAAACUGGAGGUAGAACUGGUGGGCUCAGUGUGUGUCUGUCUAGAACCGAUGGCCAUAUUAUUGGGGGAGGACUUUGUGGACCUCUAAUUGCUGCUGGUGCUGUUCAGGUAAUUGUAGGAACAUUCACUCUUGAUUACAAGGACGGUGGUGGUACUAGUAAUAUGAGACCAAUAGAUGCUGCUUCUACUGUUGGUAAGUUGCCAUCUCCGGUUGGUGGGGGACCAUCCUUAUCGGGCAUGAGCUUCCCUUCCCAAAUUGAAUCUACUGGGAGGAAUCCAGUACGCGAGAAUGAUGACAACCAUCAAACCAUGGGAGGAGGCCCACCUUUCAUGAUUCACAAUCGGGGCCCGGCUAUGCACCACAUGGCAUUGGAUUGGAGGAGUGGCCCAGAUCCUCGGGCUGGCGGCACUGGUUAUGAUUUGACAGGAAGAACAGGUCUUGGAGGGCACCGGUCGCCUGAAAAUGGCGACUAUGAUCAAGUCCCAGAUUAGGUUUUUGAGGAGGUUUUGCGUGUUGAGAAAGUUGUGCUUCUUUUGCUUCUUUUCUGACUGUUGCUCUUUCCGCUAUCGUCGUCCUCCUCUUCUUUCAUCUUUUUUUUCUCCUUAUAUAGGUACUUUGACAUGCGAAAGCACAUGUACAAGUUUUUGAAUCCUUUCAGGAACCCAAAAUCUUGCAUCUGUACAUAAGAAAGUUACAAUGUUUCACCUUGAGAAACAAAUAUUGACCCCACCUGGGGGAGGAUUUCUUGCUCAAUUGUGAUCCUAUCAUGCUCUUCCUGAUUGUGUAUAAAAGCAAUAGUACAUUGUAGUGACUAGUGCACACCUGAUGUUUGAUGAAAUGCUCGAUUGGGAGUCUUUCUUCCCCAGAUGUACCAAUACGACAGAAACUCGAUCAGAUGAAUGUGUCUAACUGGUUGAAGAUCUUGGCCGGAGAAGCAUGGUAGCUGGGGCAAAUGGCCAUGGAGGCUAGCUUAAAAUCUCCAUUUUUCUGAAGCUGCCAAGUUCGCCGGAGAAAGGUUUCUGGUUCGGAAGGGAAGUAGCAGGGGGUUGUCUCCUCCUCUUUCGACCAGAGAAUCUGCUCUGCCCGUUUCUUCGUUGCCGUAGCUCCUUUUCUUGGCCCCCCUGAACCUGAUACAACAGAAGCCAUCAUCAUCCGCAAAGCGCACGAUUCGCUAAAUGGGGGAAAGUAAUGGUCCACGGCCACGCACACCAUAGCUGAAAUGCUUCCCUAGAAUCGAGGCUUGCCUUUGGUUUUUCUUUUUUAGGGUGCCAAAACGUAAGACCAUCUUUAG